GUUGUGGGCUGCCUGCCCAUCAGCCCUUUAGCAAAUAGGAGUUUCAUUGAUCCGCGUCUCGGUUCUCACUCUCUCGUCCCACAGCAGGGCGAUGAGGCUGACUGCACACCGUCUCCUCCUCAGCUGAUGAUGAUAAAACGCUCCUGAUGAUAGAAAGCUUCUGUCUUCAGCUGCCUCUACAACCAUGAAUGUGUCAUCUCUCUCUCUAACAGCCGCUCUUCUGGCUGCGUUGAGCGGCUUGUGUUCCUCCAGCAGCGUCCCUUCAUUCAUCCUGCCGUUCACCGACUGCGUCCAGAAGAGCCGCGGCGGCAAAGACGGCUUCUACCGGGGCGCGAUAGACGUCACCGAGUCCGGCAGCCGAUGCAUGAACUGGACCGACGUGUCCGGCUUCAGGGAGCGCUACCCGGGCAAAGGAAUAGGAGAGCACAACCAGUGUCGCAACCCGGACGGCAGGAUCCGACCCUGGUGCUUCUUCAGGAACCACAAAGGCAGAGUGGACUGGGGCUACUGCGACUGUAAACAAGGCUCUGUGCGUCUGCAAGGAGGCCGCUCCAAGCUCGACGGCAGGGUGGAAGUCUAUCUGGGAGGAGUGUGGGGGUCUGUCUGCAGCGAUGACUGGGGGGACGAAGACGCCGCAGUGGUUUGCAGACAGCUGGGCAAGGGGAUCUCGGGCCGUGCACGUGCAGUUCCCCUGUUUGGUCCAAGCAUGGCCAAGCUCCAUUGGAGGGCGGUCCAUUGCCAGGGAGAGGAGCCAGACCUGCUUCAGUGUCCUAAGACUACCUGGAAUGGAGGGGAAUGUUCUCUGGCUGCAGCCAUCACUUGCACACAGCAGCCAGCGGUAGUGGCGCUCCCUAUACGGCUGGUGGGAGGUCGAUCGGGGUCGGAGGGCACAGUGGAGGUCUUCCAUGCGGGGCAGUGGGGUUCCAUAUGUGACGAUCAAUGGGACGUCAGUGAUGCAGAGGUGGUGUGUCGACAACUGGGGCUGAGCGGUGUGGCGAAGGCAUGGGGCCUGGCACAUUUUGGCAAGGGUUCAGGCCGUGUGUGGCUGGACGAGGUGCGCUGCACGGGCAAUGAGCUCACUCUGGAGCAGUGCCCAAAAAGUGCCUGGGGGGAACACAACUGUCUGCACUCUGAGGAUGCAGGAGUGUCCUGCAACCCCCUUACAGAUGGUUCUACUAGAUUGGUCGGAGGUGCAAGCAGCUUUGAGGGACGUUUAGAAGUAUUUUACCGUGGUCAGUGGGGGACAGUGUGUGAUGACGGCUGGACAGACUCAAACACACAAGUCGUGUGCCGACAACUCGGUUACAGAUUAGGUGAGACUCUCCUCUCCGAAGGACUGGACAUCACCCCAGUCCCACGCUUCGGGGUGGGGUCAGGUCCCAUUCUUUUGGAUGAUGUGAGCUGCACAGGGAAAGAGCCGAGCCUGUUGCUGUGUAACAGGAAGGAGUGGCUCCGUCACGACUGCACACACCACGAAGAUGUUAACAUCGCAUGCAGCCCUGGUCGCAAUGGAGAGAGUCUUCCAUCGAGUGUGCCGGUAAGACUUGUGGGAGGAGAGAGCCCAAGGGAAGGCCGGGUGGAGCUCUACCUGUCUGGACAAUGGGGGACCGUGUGUGAUGAUGGAUGGACUGAUCAGGACGCUGAGGUGGUGUGCCGACAGUUGGGAUACAGCAGUGGGGUGGCGAAGGCCCGUGUGAUGGCGUACUUCGGGGAAGGGACGGGGCCCAUCCACGUGGAUAAUGUGAAGUGCAGCGGCGAGGAGCGUUCGUUGGCAGACUGCAUCAAACAGGCACCCGGCACGCACAACUGUCGCCAUAGCGAGGACGCUGGGGUCAUCUGUGACUAUGGGGAAUCGCUGCACAGCUACAAAGAGGUCAAAGAUCCUGUCAACUCAAUUUGCGGCUUGCGGCUCGUACACACUCGCCAGCGCCGAAUCAUAGGAGGAGAAAACUCUCUGAGGGGCGGCUGGCCGUGGCAGGCUGCGGUUCGUUUGCGAGGAUCUCGAGGAGACGGGAGGUUGGUGUGUGGAGCGACUCUCAUUGACACCUGCUGGGUCCUCACCUCAGCACACUGCUUCAAGAGGUAUGGAAACAGCACCAAGCAGUAUAAAGUCAGAGUGGGCGACUACCACUCCCUCGUCCCCGAGGAAUACGAAGAGGAGUACGGCGUCGAUCAGCUCGUCCUCCACCCGAGCUACCGCUCCCAUAGCAACGAUUACGACCUGGCCUUGGUCCGCCUGUCGCCAGGGGCAAUGGGCCAGAUGCCGGGAGAGUGUGUGUCAUUCAGCCGUCAUGUUCUUCCCGCCUGUCUGCCCAUGAGGAAAGAGAGAGUGCUCAAACAAGCCAGCAACUGUCACAUUACCGGCUGGGGUGACACGGGCCGCUCGUACUCCAAGACCCUCCAGCAGGCCCCCCUCUCCUUACUUCCCCGUCGUCACUGCCAGCAGCAUUUCCACAGCGCCUUCACGAGUCGCAUGCUCUGCGCCGGCAGCAUCCAGCCGGAGAGGCGUGUGGACAGUUGCCGAGGUGACAGCGGAGGCCCGUUGGUGUGUGAGCGUCCAGGAGGGGGUUGGGUGGUUUACGGGGUCACAUCCUGGGGUCACGCCUGCCGGACACAACAGUCCCCUGGCGUCUACACCAAAGUCUCUGCCUUCAGCUCCUGGAUACGCAAGGUGAUUGGACACGUAGAGAAAACACGGUGAAAGGUGAAUGACUUUCGAUCAGAAAGAAUGACCCUCAAGACUUUCUCGAUUGGUCAGGUGACAACUGAUACAGCAAUAUAUUUCAGUCAUGAAUAACUGAUGUUAUGAACUGAUUAUCCAGUGAUGUACGUUAUAACCUGACUUUCAAAUGGAGAGCACAAAGCAACGCUGGACUUUUUCCACCUACAAACUUUAUAGAGAGGAAGAGUUUUUUUUUUGUCUUUUCUCUCAUAAGCACUUAUUUUAACGAUUUAAUAUUCUCUUAAGCUGCAAGAUUUUGGAUGGUAUUAAAUCUCAACUCAAGAAAAUGCAACUUAAAUAUCUUUGUUGUUUCUUGUGCAUACUACACUAACAUGUAUAUUUUUUCAAAAUAAUGUUUUCUCUGCUUGCUUUUGUUAUCAAGUUAUAUUGUAAUUUAUUCUAUGAAAUAUGUGAUUUAAAAUGUAGAAAAGGGACCACAGUAAAAAAAAAAUAAUAAUACAGUAUACUUGCAUGCACUCAUGCGUAUACGCAGUAAGUAUUUUGCAUGAUAUGAACUUGCAGACUUGCACUAAGAACCCCUGUUUAGGUACUUAAUGCAUACUAUUCUGUACUUUUGCGUUAAGCAUUGUAGUCAUAUUGACAUUUGCUAAAUGAAAUAUGUCUUUCAACCUCAUUUCAUUAUUGUUUAUGUAAUGUUUCUCCACUGUGCUCAUUGUUUUGCUGUGUAAAAAAGCAGAUUUCAGGUCUUAGUAAUUACUCAGGCAUUUCUAAUUUACAUCCAGUCAGUAUUUUGUCCUCGUCUCAGCGCUGCUUGACAUUUGCAGAGAAAGGAAGGGACUCAAGUGUUUCUGAAUCAAAGCACAUAGCAGCAUGUCAAAGUGUUGAUUUGUCAUAUUGACACUGUUAAUUCAUGUAGUUAAGUGUCGUCGAGGUUUUGACAACACUGAAUGGAGACAAUCUGGUACACUUGAAAAAAAUACACUGCCUUCUUAUUUGGUGUUUACUGACUACGUGUUAUGUAUUAAUGUACUGUAACAUUUCUUUAUAAAUACAAUUUU